AUGGCGAAACUCUCCGAUAACACCACUUCAGUCAUGCACGCUCAAACACAGAGUCCGCUGUUCCAGCUGCCCGGAGAAAUCCGCAACAGGAUCUACUACUACGCACUUGACAUGUGCUUCAUACAUUCUUCACGCCGAUCGGCACAAAGCACCUCCGCGCCCGGUUCCAUCAAUCUACAAGGACAUCUGGAGCAACACCAAUCUUCUACGACCCUCUUGCUCGCCUGCAAAGCAAUAUGCCAAGAGGCCGAAUCUCUAUUCGCAGAACUCACUCCCGCAGAGGUUGAUCUCCAGGUCACAAAGCGACUCAGCCGAACUGCAAAACGCACACUAAACUCGUUCAUGCGGGUCGUCAUACAGUACCCAGUCGAGAACGAGAGAAGGAAGCGAGAAGGCAGAAGCUCGGCCAAAUUAGGUUGGGAGCUGUUCAAAGCUCUCAAGCUAUAUACACGCGAAUCGGCAAAUCUUUGCCAAAACCGAGAUAUGCGUCGAGAGGCUACAGUCCAUUAUGGAUUGCGCUGGCCAAGUCGCUUCCAGUUCGCCGGGGCCAUCAAGAGAAUGGCCAAGGACAGGUAUACGUACUGGGCAGUCGAAAUCCAGUACGAGUACUACGACACUGGAGAUGUUUCAGAACUUCGAGAACUACGCUACAUUGCUUGGGCGAGAGAUGAGGUGGAGAAACUGGGCAAGCGGAUUCGGUUCUUCGUCACGAUCUUUCAUGGUGGCCCUGCCAAGAGAACUUUCCCUCUGCUAGAGGCUGUUCUUGGCUAUCGAGGCAUUGGGGAGGGUGAGAUGCUGGAUUCUGUGUUGGUGGGUGAGAACUGGUGGUCUGUGGAGUUGAGCCUCUGA